UUGAACUCACCUGCUGCCUCCUCCUUCCUUCCUCCAUGGACACUUCUUGUGAAGCCACGACUGGACAUCGACACGAUGGAGGACGAGAACUUGGACAAGCUUCUACUCGAUAAUGGCAGGUACUGGCCGUCUAUGCCAUGCGCCAAUUGCAGACGUCACCGGUUGCAAUGCUUUAUCCUCCGGACGACAUCAGCCAACCCUAACCCCGUCUCAUCGUGUUCAUCCUGCGUUGCCCUCUUUCGCGACUGUUCUUUGGCCGGCCAGGCCAAACGCGACCACUCCAGCUUUGAAACAUCAGAACCUGUCAUAGGACAUCUCCAUGGAGUGAACGAAGAGCCUUCGGCCUUGACUUCGCUUUUUGAUGAAUACCCCAUUCUCGAGGACCCCUUGGCGCCAGCACCACACCCAGCAUCACUAGCAAUGCCAUCUUCGUCAAGCAAGCGAGCCAGUUCUCGAUCGGUUCACAAGAACCGCGCUCUCAGAGCCUGGUUUGCCGCGCAUCUGGACCAUCCGUAUCCGUCCGAUGAUGUAAAGGACGCUCUAGCGCAGCAAUCAGGCCUCAGCAAGUCGCAGGUUGUCAACUGGUUCACCAAUGCCCGGCGUCGACACAGGCUAUCACUUCGGGUCUCAAGGCAGUCCUCCAAGCAACAACACCCGCAGGGGUCGCCCAGACCACGAUCUCUCUUGUCGAACAUGUCGCCCCUCGAGCGAUGGCGGAAUUCGCCCCCGGACGAGGAGCCUGUCGAUCUUGCGCUUAUCGAGAGUGCUCUAGACGCCUUUCUAUCCGACAACUCGAACGAUCUUGAGCCAGCUGAUAGUAGCUAUCGCGAAGGUAGCGCGUCCUCGGCAGACGACAGCUUCAAUUCCAAGACAAGGGGCCUCAGCCUCGAUGGCUCGUCUGAUUCAAACUCAUCCUGCUAUUCCUUCCACUCGUCUACAAGCAACCACUACGGGGCACGGUCCGGUCACAGCUCCGAUGGCGGCAUCCGUCCUCCUUCAAAGACGGGCAAGCCUGCGACAGCAACAAGCUUCCAGUGCACGUUCUGCCUCCAGUCCUUUCACAAGAAGUUUGAUUGGUCUCGUCACGAGCAGUCUGUCCACCUGCCUGGCCUCCAUUCUUGGGUCUGCGGUGUACCUCUCGCCGCCUCUGACCCCCUCAUCACCUGGCGCCCCGCAUCCCGUGACCCGGAAUGCGUCUUUUGCGGCCACUCCUCGCCGGACAUCACCCAUUUCCAGUCGCACCAAUUCGAGGAGUGCGCCGAGAGAAGUCUCGAGGCGCGGACGUUUAGUCGCAAGGACCACCUAGUGCAGCACCUGCAAAAGUUCCACGGCUGUCGGCGGCGCGAAGGCUGGGCCAUGGACGUUUCGAUGCUCAGGCGCACACAGGACUCGGUACCCAGUCACUGCGGGUUCUGCGGGGUGCGGAUGACAGGAUGGGAGCAGAGGGUGCAGCAUUUAGCGGCGCACUUUCGGGCGGGCUUGACGAUGGAAGCGUGGGACGGUGAGUGUGGCAUUCAAGGACCCAUGGCUGACAUGGUAAAGGGGGUUGGCACAUAG